AUGGACAAAGAAGGUGAAGAAAUCCAACCCCAAGAGCAGAGCUGCUGGGCCACUCUGCCAGAUGUGUGCCUGCGACGUAUCUUCUGGUGGCUGGGAGACAGGGACAGGUCCAGAGCUGCCCUGGUCUGCAGAAAGUGGAACCAGAUAAUGUACUCAGCUGACCUCUGGCGGUACAGGACCAUCACAUUCAGCGGGAGGCCAUCUAGAGUACACGCAUCCCAGUUUGAGUCAGCGCUCUGGUAUGUUAAGAAAUUCGGCCGCUACCUGGAACACUUGGAAAUCAAGUUCCUGAAUCCUUACAAUGCCGUCUUGACCAAGAAAUUCCAGGUCACCAUGCGAGGCCUCCUGUCAUGCCUCGGCAAGAGUAACAACCGUCUGAAGUCACUCUCUAUCCAGCACCUGGAGCUGGACCGAAUGGUUUGGAGAAACAGCAUCAGAGGCUCGCUCAUCAAGAGCCUGAGUUUUUUCUUAAAGAAAAUGGGCAAACACCUGGACCAUCUUAGCCUGAAAGGAGCCCGGCUGACAGUGGAGCAAGGCUGCCACAUCCUCAACUCCCUGAGCUACCUUCGGAAUGAGAACUUGGCCUCGGAGCUCAACAUCGAGGACUUCUUCAGCCAUCACCUGGCCGUCUAUGGCAGCUCCCAGUUCAACAAGGCCAUGGCCACGUUCUGCAACCUGACUUUCCUAACCCUCAACUACAACUGUAUCUCCGAUGAGCUGCUCGAGACCCUGAGUGAGAACAACGCUGGCACCCUCCGGACCAUGAACAUCAAAUGCCACGUUCACGACCCCCAUGGCCAGGUCGUCUGGGGCAUGUCCUGGGCCAAACUAGCCAGGGAGGCCAGCAACCUGAAGGUGAACUUCUUCUUUGAGCGAGUCAUGAAGUAUGAGCGCCUGGCCCGGAUCUUGCUGCAGGAGAUUCCAGUCAGGAGCAUCAGCCUAAGAAGCUGCUAUUUCAGUGACCCAGACUGGUCCAUGCGGCCCACUCUGACGGAUCUCCUACCUGCCUUCCGGAACACACUGCAGAAGCUAACAUUCGAGUUCAACAACAACCAUGAGUCACUAGACGAGCAGCUGCACCUCCUCAUCCUGGCCUGUCGAAAACUGUUUUACUUCAAAAUCUGGGCUUUCCUGGACGUUACGUUUGUGGAGCGGAUCCUGAAGAGCCAGGAGGAGAGGCAGUGCUCCCUGCGUACACUAAAGGUGAGAAUUUAUACAAACCGAUAUGAGACGAAUGAAGAGGACAGGACCCUGCGGGAAAUUUACAGGAAAUACAGAAAGCUGAUCGAUUCAGAACUUAACUAUUUUGUCAUCGCCUACCCCAUGAUGUAAAGAGUGCUUUCCAGAGGAAGACAUCUAGACGCACUUUAACCUGAAAACGCGGUUCUCAGGGAAUUACAUUUGGGACUCCCAUGCCCUCAUCCCUUUUUCUUCUCUCCUUCUUUGUCAGUUCCACACCCUCAUGAACAGCCUGGCAAAGGCUGGACCUGCUGGUGAUGGCAAGGCCCCAAGCGUCUUUAAAGUGCUAUCUUUACCACCAAUCCCGGCUGAUUGCUUUUUGUCAUUUGGUGUAGUUUUUGGUUUGGUUUGAUUUGGUUGGUUUUAGACAUUUCCACUUGGCCACAGUUUUCUGCUAAGGGAGUCUGACUCCUGCUUUCCGGAGUAGGUGUGGCCAGACAGUGGACCAACCUUCUUCCAGCCGACUUUACCCAUUUGGAAAUACUUUGUAGCCAGGCAGUGGUGAUGCAUGCCUUUAAUCUUAACACUUGGCAGAGGCAGGUGAAUUUCUGAGUUCAAGGCCAGCCUGGUCUACACAGUGAGUCCCAGGACAGCCAGGGCUACACAGAGAAACCCUGGAAAAACAAAACCAACAACAAGAAGAAAUGCUUUGUAUCCUGACUGACCUUCAUGUCAGAGCCUCCCGACCUUGAGGUUGUCUGGGCCUGACCACACACAAAUAGAACCCACCAGUCCAUGGAUGAUGCAGGCCUAUUCCUCCUUAAGACAGAACUACUCACGGAAGGAAGGAACUCAGAUGCCGGCUUAUCAGCCCUGUGAAAGAAUCCUGCCUCGCCUGGACCUAUGUCUCCUUUUAGUUGCAAAGACAGACUAGAAGUGGCAGUUACACCCAUGUUCAUAAUGAAUCUGCAAUGUAGUGU